CUAGCGUUGCUUAAUAAGUCUCGAACGAGGUAGUAAUACUUCCACUUUCACAAUAAAUAUUGCGUUGCAUGAUUAUACUCUGAUCGGGUUCUUUACAAUUUACACCAUUGGUCAAAAGUUUCAGAACAGCGCCACCGCACCGCAGUAUUGAACAAGCUUGAAACGCGACGGAAAUAAUCGAGCUGUUUGGCAAUCUCCCCUGAAUAAAUCGUCGAAAAUACCACUGCCAUUCACCUGUGGUAGAAAAUUACGCUUCCCGUCACUUGUAUGAUUUUAAGAUUUCUAUAAAACUGGUCCAAGGAGGAAAGUUCUUGCAGUCGAAAAUGGAAACAAUGGAAAGCUAUUCAUCGGCAGCAGCAGCAGACAUGACCAGUCUAGACCUUCCUCAGCAAGGAACCCAGCCAGUGGUUGAAAACCAGGGAGACUUUGAUCCAGACAGGGCCGACUUCCUCGAGCCAAGCAUUCCCACUGAGUCAGCCUGCGGUGAAGUGUCCUUCAACUUCACCGUUCCUUCUCAAGGGUUCCAGCCUUCAACGAAGCAGAUCCGAUCCACGUCAAGCUCAUUGACCAGGGAAAUCUUGAACCAACGGACCCAGCAACUGAUCGAUGACAUUAACGCCAAGAGAAAAAGAGACACGUCUCUGCUGGCAGACUUCAAGAAGGCCAUCGAAGUGCAGGCAUCAAACUCCUAUGACAACCUAGAGCAGGCCAUGUUCCAGAUGUAUGAAGGGAACGGUAAAGUCAUCCAGGAGAAGCUGCAGGAACUCUUCGCCACCUUGGACCGCAUCUCCAAGCUGGAAAUGGAACUGGAGCAGUUCAAGACCUCUCUGGGGGCGCUCUACUCCGAGAUCCAGGGGCCAGCUGCCAGGCCUACUUGAACGGUGCGGUGGUAUCUAUCUACGAAAGUGGAGCCAAAACUGAACGAAGACAUUGCGCCCCAACUAUAGCGUUGCACCUGGGCUGGCUCAACUGUUGUUAACCAAUUUCUGUAGAAAUUUCCCAAGCUUAUCCAAGUUAUUGCAUCUCGCGCUUGACACAAUUCUUCUAAAAUUGAUAUGGCACUUCAUCUGUGACGUGACAUCGUAAACAAUAUGACUUUGGCCCAUGCACACUGGACCUCUGUGCUGUAGU